AUGGCGCAUCCCCUGCUGGACACUGCCGCUGAGCUCGGCAGCGAGUCGGACGACGGCGACUACGAUGAGGAGAAUGGCGCCCAGAAUGCCGAGAAGCCGUCUCGCAACAGACGCGGCAUAGACGAUUCCAGCGAGGAGGAAGACGAGGACGACGAUGAGGAAGCGGCCGCCGCUAUCCGGGAAGGCUUCAUCGUCGACGAAGAUGAGGAGGAUGACGACGAGCGGCGCGCCCGCAGGCGCGAGAAGAAAAAGAGGCGGCGGGCUGAGCGCGAGGAAGAAGAGGCUGCUUUAGACGAGGAAGACCUUGACCUCAUCGGCGAGACUGUUCCUCGGGAGCAGCCUACUCAGUCCAAAUUUAAGCGCCUCAAACGCGGCCAUAGGGAAGAGCGAACCGAACGAGCCCCCCGCGGUGUUGACGACAUCUUCUCUGAUGAAGACGACGACCUUGGUGACGGAUAUGACGAGAGACCGGCCCGACGGGAACAGAGGGGCGGCGUUGCCGAUGAGUUCGCAGACUUCAUUGAAGAAGAUGUCUUUGACGACGAAGAGGGUUUGCAGGAUGAGGAGGACCGAGAGGUCGCCAGACCUGGCAAGAGGCCCGUUGCCGGUGUCGGUUUCCCGGAAGCUGGAUUGGACGAGGCCGAGAUGGAGGAUUACCGGAACGCUUUCGGUGAUGGCACGGAAUAUGACUGGGCCUUGGAGCUUCAAGAGCAGAAAGAUGAGGAGGAAAUGGGAGACGAAAAGCCCUUGGAGCUGAAGGAUGUCUUCGAGCCAUCCCAGCUCGCUGAAAAGAUGAUGACGGACGAGGAUAAUGAGAUCCGCUUUACUGAUGUCCCUGAGCGCUUCCAGCUUGCUAGGAAACCCUUCAAACCACUGGAACUGGAUGAGGAUGAGAUGGCCAACCGUUUGGGCGUGGAGUCUCUUUGGGUGUCCAAACUCCUCUGGCCCAAGAAGCGGCUUAGCCAGAGCUGCGAACAACCGUUCCAAAAGGCCGUUCGCAAAGUUCUGGAGCUCAUGAACAUCGAGGAUCUGGAGGUUCCAUUCAUUUUCAACCACCGGAAGGAUUACUUGAUCCACUCCAGCUCGCAGCAGGACCAGGACGACAUUGACGCAAAUGCGGGCCCCCAGAGACUCCUUACUCAAGCGGAUUUGUGGGAGAUCUUUGAACUGGACUUGAAGUUCCGGGCUUUGUCGGAGAAGCGCGAGGCUCUCAUCAAGACGUACGACACUCUGAGAAGCAUUUCAAACGUCGAGGACUCCGUGUUCGAGUUGCUCCUCGCCAAGGCCGAAUCGAUCGAAGAGAUUCAGGACAUUCAAGAUUACAUCCACUUCACGUAUUCGGCCCAACUCAAGGACGUCAACACCAUGGAGGCUGAAGCCGGCACUGGUGUCCAGAAACGGACGCGUGGCGGUAACACCGUCUAUGAAAGAAUCCGGGCAAGCAAGGUCUACAACCUUGUUCGCGCCAUUGGCAUCACCCCUGACGACUACGCAAAGAACCUGCAGAAAGAAGGCCACCGUUUGUAUCCCGAAGAUCCUCAAGAAAUGCCAGAGGAUAUGGCCGAUCACCUCUUGGAGCCUCCGGAGUACCAGACUGCUGCUGUGGUCCUGCGCUCGGCGAAGGCAAUGUUUGCCGAAGAACUUGUCAUGAGCCCCCGGAUGAGGAGUGUUAUGAGACGCACCUUCUACACCAGUGGUCUUUUCGACAUAUACCGAACCGAGAAGGGUCUCCGCAAAAUCACCGAGGACCAUCCUUACUACGAAUUCAAGUAUCUGCGCAACCAGGAAUACACGGCCAUGGCUAGAAGACCUGAGCUGUUUUUGCGGAUGCUCAAAGCCGAGGACGAGGGCAUGGUUGAGGUCAAGGUCCGCCUGCAAAAUUAUGACAGGAUCAAGGAAGAGUUCAAGACGCUGCUCAGCUCGGAUGGAACCAGCGAUCGUGCUACAAACUGGAACAAAUUCCGUUCAGAAAUCCUCCUGGAAAUGGCCUUGCCCAAACUCGAGAGGAUAAUUGCCAAAGGUGUCAAGGAGACUGUCAAGGCGGAGUGCGAGAACGCUCUGGCUAGGCAGUGCAAGGAAAGAUACGCGGAGAAGCUGGAUCAGGCGCCGUACAAACCGAAGGGUAUGCAGCUUGGUACCAUUCCUAGAGUCCUCGCUCUUUCCAACGGUAACGGUAUUCCUGGUCGUGAUGCCGUCUGCUACGCCUGGGUUGACGAAGAGGGCCGUGUACUUGAGCAAGGAAAGUUCAACGACCUCCGACCUGGAAACAAGGAGAAGUACAUCCCUGAUGCCAAGGACAUCGAAGACCUCGUUGAGCUCAUCCAGCGGCGGAGACCCGAUGUCAUUGCUGUAUCCGGCUUCUCGGUGGAGACACGCAAGCUUUACAAGGAUCUUCAGCAAAUUGUGGACGAUCACGACCUGCACUGUGCUGAUUACGAAGACGAGGAUGGCAACGAAAAGAGUGACAAGCUUGAGGUCGUCAUGGUCAAUGAUGAGAUUGCGAGACUGUACCACACCAGCGACCGGUCCCUCGUGGAACAUCCUGGUCAGCCUCCCUUGGUGAGGUACUGUAUCGCACUGGCUCGUUUCUUGCAAAGCCCGCUGAAGGAGUACGCUGCUCUCGGCAAAGACAUCGUUUCAGUCUCAUUCGAUCCGAACCAAAUCCUUCUUCCGCAAGACAAACUCAUGAAGUACUUGGAGAUGGCGAUGGUGGACAUCGUGAACCUGGUCGGUAUCGAGAUCAACGAUGCUCUCACCGAUACUUACCUUUCAAACCUCAUCCCGUACGUUUGUGGUCUUGGACCGAGAAAGGCACAACAACUUCUCAAAGUCAGCAACCUCAACAACGGUGUCGUGUUCACGAGAGACGAGCUUGUUGGCGAUCCGGAGAAGAAAAUCCUGCCAGCCGUUGGACCCAAGGUCUGGAUGAACUGUGCCAGUUUCCUUUACAUCAACUACGACCCCACCGAACCAGAGUCGGACUACCUCGACUCCACUCGCGUGCAUCCGGAAGAUUACGAUCUUGGUCGCAAGAUGGCUGCGGAUGCCCUCGAGAUGGACGAAGAGGACAUCAAAGCCGAACAGGAUGAGAACGGUCCCGGUGCGGUGGUUAAGAGGCUCAUCCGUGAAGAUGCCCAAGAAAAGGUCAACGAUCUGGUUCUGGAGGAAUACGCCGAGCAGCUGGAGGCGCAAUUCCAUCAGCGAAAGCGAGCCACUCUCGAGACAAUUCGCGCUGAACUGCAAGUGCCUUACGAGGAGUUGCGCAACAAGUUCACCUAUAUGACUUCUGACGAAAUCUACACCAUGCUCACCGGAGAAACUCGCGAAUCGUUAGCCGAGGGCAUGAUCGUUCCCGUCAAGAUCCGACGCGUCUUCCCUGACCACAUCGAAGGCCGUUUGGACUGCGGCAUGGAAGCUAUCUGCAACGAACCCGAGUUCCCCAACAAUGUUGGCGGAGAGCGUGGCAUUGACCCGAGACAAGUGUUCCAGUCGAACCAGACCGUGCAGGCAAAGGUCACCUUCCUCAAUCGCAAGGCGCUGUCAUGUCAGGUUUCCUUCAACGAGAAACAGCUUAAGGAUGGCCACAACCGACACAUCGACCGCCCUCGAGGCGAAUGGGCGGAUGACCAAGAGAAGGGCGAUAAGGAUGCAGAAGCUAAAGAGAAGGAAAGCAAGACCGGUCGCGCUCAACGCGUCAUCAAGCAUCCUCUCUUCCGCCCCUUCAAUGCCGCUCAGGCCGAGGAGUACCUUGGAUCCCAGGGACGGGGCGACGUCGUUAUCCGGCCUUCUUCCAAGGGAUUGGACCACCUCGCUGUUACUUGGAAGGUGUCGGACAACAUCUAUCAGCACAUCGAUGUGUUGGAGUUGGACAAGGAGAACGAGUUCAGUCUGGGACGUACUCUCAAGAUUGGUGGCAAGUACACCUACAGCGAUCUCGACGAGUUGAUCGUACUCCACGUCAAAGCCAUGGCCAAGAAGGUCGAUGAGAUGAUGACGGACGAAAAGUACCAGAGCGGCAGCAGGGCGCAAACUGAACAAUGGCUUACGACCUACACGGAGGCUAACCCCAGGCGUAGCAUGUACGCUUUCUGCAUCAACCCGAAGUUCCCUGGGUACUUCCACCUCUGCUUCAAAGCAGGUCAGCAGGCUCCUCUCGCUUCCUGGCCUGUGAAGGUUAUUCCAAACGCUUUCGAGCUCCAGAAAAACCACUACCCAGAUAUGCGUGCACUGAAGAACGGCUUCAAGCUCCUUUUCGCGAACAAUGCUGCCAGGAAGCGGUAA